AUGGCUUCCUUUGAUGACAAUGGCUUUCCAGUGGUCCAUCUUUCUCAUGAUGGCUGGUCAACUGACGAUGAAGCCACUGCGACAUGCUUCUGCGGAUCUGUGCAACUGGUCCUUCCUCUCAAGAAACCAGGUCUACUGAACCGUCAUGUGUGUCAUUGCACCGACUGUCGCAAAAUCGGCUCAGCCUUUUACCAGUCCAACAUCACAGUGAAAGACUCAUACCUCAAACAUACCCGUGGUGAGGAUAACCUCGCGACGUUCAGCGAAGAGAAGACCAUUCGCGCCAAUGCGACCAUGACCAACUACUUCUGCAAGACCUGCGGCACUCUCAUGUAUCGCCGCGGUGCACGAUUUCCUGGACUGACGAUCCUGCGCACUGGUACCGUGGAUGAUCUCUCUUUGGCUGAGACUAAGUUGAGGCCGCAGGUGGAGCAGUUUAUCGAGAGGAGGGUUGCUUGGUCGAAGCCGAUUGAGGGCGCGGCACAGGUUGUUGGGAUGCAUUCGCCUCAGGAUAUAAAGGGAUUCCCUAAAUAUGUAGGUAGUCUUUAG